GCAAGAUGGCGACGCAACAGCCGGACCGUGAGGGUGGUGCGCAGCUGGCAGGGCCUGCGGCGGAGGCCGACCCCCUGGGCCGCUUCACCUGUCCCGUGUGCCUAGAGGUGUACGAGAAGCCGGUGCGAGUGCUCUGCGGACACGUCUUUUGCUCUGCAUGCCUGCAGGAAUGUCUGAAGCCGAAGAAGCCUGUCUGUGGGGUAUGUCGCAGCCCUCUGGCACCUGGCGAGCGAGCCGCGGAGCUCGAGCGGCAGAUUGAGAGCACAGAGACUACUUGCCAUGGCUGCCGCAAAAAUUUCUUCCUAUCCAAGAUCCGGGCCCACGUGGCUACCUGUUCCAAAUACCAGAAUUACAUUAUGGAAGGUGUGAAGGCUACCACUAAGGAUGUGUCCCUUCAGCCAAGGAAUGUCCCAAACCGUUAUACCUUUCCUUGCCCUUACUGUCCUGAGAAGAACUUUGAUCAAGAAGGACUUGUGGAACACUGCAAGUUAUCCCAUAGCACGGAUACCAAAUCUGUGGUUUGUCCGAUAUGUGCCUCCAUGCCCUGGGGAGACCCCAACUACCGCAGCGCCAACUUCAUCGAGCACAUCCAGCGGCGGCACCAGUUUUCUUACGACACUUUUGUGGAUUACGAUGUUGAUGAAGAGGACAUGAUGAAUCAGGUGUUGCAACGCUCCAUCAUCGAUCAGUGAGCAGAGCUUCUGCUGUCCGUCUCACGUUCCAGAGCUUCCAUUACAUGUUAUAUGUGAAACCUUUAAUAUACAACAGACCCAGAAGUGAGCCUGGUAUUAGGACAGGGUCACUUCUAACAGGGAAACAGUUCCCAGGUCAGAGCCCUCCUUUCCUUUGGGCUCUUCUUCCCCUACUGUUAACCCUGUUUGUCACAUGUCUUGUCUUUGAUUGCUCCUUAGCUACUUCCUGGAGUUUCUGCUUCCUCUUCUGGAAGAAAACCCAGCUUCUCCACCUGUCCUCGUCUCACACUAGUUCCUCUCGUCCAGUGUUCAUCUCUCAGGUCUUUCGAGCCAGCCAGGACCUUUUGUGGGUCAUGAAUAGCACAAAUGAGACAAGUGUCUCCUCUCCUUGUCCCUGGGGUGUGUGAGCGCUGGCAGCAGUGCAUCUUAUCAGAGCUGGAGCGCCUUCGGUGUAGGAAAUUCUGUUAGUUGCUCCUUCACAGCAGCUGCCAGAGCUGGAGUUGACCUCCCAGGAAACCUUUCAACAGUCUGCUGGGGCGAAUGUUCUGGGUUUAGCACGGUCUGAUCCUGGACGUUUUGAUUAGUGAUAUUUUGCUGCCACUCCAGCACACCCUUAGAAUGAACUGGUUUGAUCCUAAAUGCCUGCCUGGUGCCUUUUUAGGAUAAGGUGUAGCACGUGUUUUUAGUGGAAAUAAAUGUUUCUAGGUUAGAAACUUAGGUUAAACUCCCAUUUCUCCACAAGUGGGGAGGAAGGUCAGCUAAGAGACAGGAAGACCAUAGCUUUUUGCUUAUGAUUUUCAAACUAAUAAGGUAUUUUCAAAUGAUUGGGUCAUGUUUACCUCUCUGUUUGGGAGCCUGCUUACAUUCUUGUCCUUGAGGCACAAAAAGGAGUCCUCAAAUGAAUAAGAGGGAAGAGGUUCGGGGCCCAAGUGGAUACCAGUUUUUUUAUUUGUUAACUUAGAUUAAACUGAGCAUUGCUUUUCUAUCAGAGAGAGGUGGUAGGAAAUCUAAUACCACAACCUGCCAUCCCUUCUGGCAAGACACUGUUCAAAGGUACAACAUCUGUGAGCAGUUGUUAAUGGAAACUGUCUCCUAGAAACUUGCUUUGGUAGUGGCCCAAUAAGCUUGAAAUUCAACGUGUUUCACAAUAAACACAAGGCUGAGAGCCGGCAGUCAAAUCCGUAGGAGCAGAACCUUUGACCAAAGGGCAUCUGGAUUUAGGUUUGCUUCUUCACGUCAGACCUCUCUAGUCUGAGAUGGAAAUUUCUUCUGGUUCAGUGGCUGAGGUUGCAAGUGACAGGGCUUGGGGCCUGUGCCCCCCACUGCUGUGGGCCUCUCCCUACCUGCCAGUAAGAAUUGUGAAUGCCUCAUAACCAGCAAAAAUGGGACCCUUUGGGGCAAAGUAAUUUUUUCUAAUGUGCUGUUGCUUGGAAAGGCCCAGAUGUUAAGGUCAGCUUCUUCACUGUAGUUUUUGGAAAGUGUUUACCCAGACCUCCCUGAAUUGAGAUCAUCUUGGUCUAAGUUUAAAGAGAACUUGAACAAAACCUUCAUUUUAGGGAACUGAAGAGAGCGUGUCCGUCUCACUGGUGGUACCAAGAAACUGAUUUCCUUGUAUUAAGUGCACUUCAUGUAUUUCUAAUAAGAUGAUUUUCCAGAAAGUGAAAUUUGUUACAUUCUGGCUUUUAAAAGGCAAAGUAUAAAUAAAUUUCAUAAUUUAUCCAACUGGUAAGCUGCAGUGCCUGUUUUCAUUACUACCACUUGCUGAAGUCUGGGCCUAGGGAGCCUCUAGAACAUUGUUGCUCUUUCUAAGGGGAAGUUCUUAGAAAGUCACAAGUGAUUCCCAUCUGGCGCUGAUCUCAGCUCUGAGAUUUCACCAGCUGAGCCUCGCUGGGCCUGUCUGCUCUGGAAAGUGAACUCACCCCCACUUCUCACAGUUGGGAGAUCUGGUGAAGUGAGAAGUGACUGCUCCAUGAAGCAAGGCCUAGACACUGGCUUUAGCUCCAUUCAGAUGGCUGGACAGCAGCCCCGAGACAUUGUAGUGACAGUUUCACAGGUUGGGAUCUGAGGUCCUGAGUGUGUUUGAAGUUCUGAGCUCUGCUACUGGCUGUGGGACAUUUGGCAAAUACUUGCCUUUUCUGCACCCAUUUCUCUGCGAUCAAGUUUUUUUGGCCAAGUUGAACUUGUACUGUUACAGAUGAAAUACUCAAAUGUUUACCUGUUUUUAAUUACAUAUAUGUUUAAAACAAAUGUAGAAAUAGCUAGGUUAGCUAUCACUAAACCCAGAACAUUAGUCUUCCAGCUCCAUCUUCAACAUAUUUAAUGCUACUGACCCCUCCCUCCUUUUAGAAGCAGUUGCUUCUGCAACACCAUCCUGGUUUCUCUACCAUAU